AUGGUACACAUCUUUUGUGACCAGCCCUCUUACAGAGAUACCUUCACGUUCGGUCUCUGUUCAAGUCCCUCAAUCAAGUUCUCCUUCAAUGAUCCGUUGCCGUUGGUGCUUCCUACCCACCAAUCUUUUAAGCGUCGACGAGCCCUAUCCGAUGUGGAUGGAGGUGGCAAUGAAGGACGAAAGAAACGCCGGCUACGGUUGCAUCUCAUCACCUCCAGACUGAGCUUGCCUUUCUCUCAGCCAGCGACGAACAUCGUGAAUCGUGGUGUGGCCAAGGUGGCCGUCUGGAGACCGAAGAACAAUACGCUCGGAAGAAGCGAGUUGAGAAAAGCUGCAAUUAUGAAUCGUGUAAGAAAGAGAAUGGAUGCUGCCAAAGACUUUAUGAGGUUGGAGCAAGAAAAGGGACGGGCGCCUCUUUCCUUCCGAGAGGUCGUACUUCAGAAGCCUCGGAUUCAUGAGAUGCCUCUACCCCCGUCUCCACUGGGAACUUCAAACUAUGAUGCUCUCGAAUUAGAAGACGAGUUUGACGACUAUGAUGAAGAUGGAAGUGAGGGGUCGUCGGCUAUCUAUUCUGACUUCAACAUCAUGAAUCCGAUCACAAGCGAUGGAGACGAGUAUGACUACCUAGAUGCCAUUGACGGUAUCACGACGCAGGAUUUACCUGACACACCACCUCAACCUGUGGAAGAGGACAUAGCAGAGUUACUGAGGGAAAAGGAACGACAAGGUGAUGAUUGUUCUGUUUAUGCGGGGAAGUAA